GCAGCUGCUACCGUGCACUUGCGUGUCGUCCCUUUCCGUGUCUCCUUCGCCCCUCUGCUUCUCGGAGACGCUCCACUGACGUGCUGCUGGUGGUGCUGGUUGGGGCUGCGGCGGCGCAACAGAGAGCGCCGCCGAGUGCGGGAUCCCUUCCCUAUACGGAGAGAUGGAUGCAAACACACAGUGAGAGCAGCCCGUGGAUUGAUUUCCCCAGUCGAUCCGAGCCGCCGUCGCGUAACGGGGAUGCUGAAUCUGAGUCCGCCCAUGUUCAAGCCGCGCCCGCGGCGGCGUCGCCAAAUCCAAACCCGCAACGGAAGGACUGGUUCGCAGACUAAACGUAAAGGCUCAACCUCUCAGCAAGAUGAGAAUCCACUUGAGAGUCAAAUAAAUGGAUAUUCAGGACCAAACCUUCCAGAGGACAUCUGGUGCUACAUACAUUCCCUAAUGUCAAUGCGAGAUGCUGCCAAAGUUGCCUGUGUGUCUCGGGCCUUUGUUCAUUCUUGGAGACGCCAUCCUGACCUCCAUUUCAGCAAAGAAACAUUGGGCUUAGAUGAAAAUGCUUGCCAGAAGGAUGGAAUAGCAGAUUUCGACAGCAGAGUUGACAGCAUUCUGAAAAAACACUCAGGCAUUGGCUUGAAGGCAUUCAGAUUGGAUGUUCAUUCAGUUUACGAUAAGGAUCGUUGCCAUCUUGAUCGCCUGGACAGUUUGCUUGAGGUUGUUGUUAAACCAGGAAUUGAAGAGCUGGACCUUAUUCUCACAGUGUAUGGAAACUACAACUUCCCAUGCGCACUUUUAUCUGGUGGAACUAGAGGCACACUUCGCUAUCUCUCUCUUGCAAGCUGUCAAUUUCAUCCCACAGUCAGAAUUGGCUGCUUGACAAGCUUAACAACACUAAACCUAACUUUUGUUCAUAUUGAGGCUGAUGAGCUAUGGUGCCUUCUUUCCAGUUCUCCUAACUUGGAGCGGUUCGAACUCAGGCAUUGUGACAGCAUAGUUUUUCUUAAGAUACCAUGCCUGCAGCAACUCAAUUACCUGGAGGUGGUAUGUAGCUCCAAUCGUCUUCGAGCAAUAGAGAGCAAAGCUCCAAAUCUCUCCAGUGUUAAGUUUGUAGGUGACCUCCGAAUUCCGCUCUCACUUGAAAACACAAAUCGUAUUAAGAUAUUAGACACACACUACUAUUGCAGUCUCGCCUUUUAUGCCCGUGCUGAUCUUCCAUCCACCAUGCCCAAUCUUGAAGCUCUUACCAUACGCUCUGACGGUGAGGUGGAUACAGUACCGAUGGUGCCUAGCAAGUUCCUCUACCUCAAGUACUUGAGCAUUGCCAUUGGUGGACUGACCUUUGAUUAUCUGUCUCUAGUUUCUUUUCUUGAUGCUGCUCCUUCACUGGAGACUUUCAUCUUGGAGGUAAUCCGGGAAUUCACCAAGGAGCGCAUCACAGUUUUGGACAAUCCUUCAGAUCUGCGGGUGAUUCCAGGGCACCAUCAUUCCAGACUUAAGCAUGUGAAGAUCAUCAAAUUCGUUGCUGCCAAGACUCUGGCCGAGCUAACAUGCCAAAUCCUCAAAUCUGCAACUUCACUGGAGUGCCUGACGUUGGACACCACCAAUGGCCACCCUGGAUGCUCUGUAAGCAAAACUGGCAAAUGCGUCAUGAUGUCCAAAGAUGCACUCGUUAAAGCCCAUGAAGGAGUCCUGGCUGCCCAGACUUGCAUCAGGCCCAAGGUUCCCUCAACAGUAGGGUUCAGUCUUUUGGAACCUUGCAGCCGGUGCCAUGCUGUUGGGAUUUAGACAAUCAUAUAAUUAUGAGUUCAGUGCUGGAGUUUUUUUAAUCUCACUGAAGUAUGUGGCGCCCUGCAGGCCUGCACCUUUUAUUAUCCCGUUGUCUAUAGCUCUCUCACUCUGUACUGCAUUUGAGGUCAGCUGUCCCAAAUGCCGUUCCUUCCUGCUGCUACAUCGACAUCGAGUAAAGUGCACCCAGACACCCAGUACCAUUGCGAGUUGGAAAUUGCAACUCCCAGUUUGCGUGAUCCUUUGAAACAUGUGAUUAUUAUUAUUAUUGUUUCUUGUGUUUUUACUAUAAAAAUUAAAUUGAAUUCUGUAACAUUCUUGCAUUAUAAGGGACUUUAAAACUUUA